AUGCAGCCAAAUGCCGCGUUCAUCACCCAGCUCACGGCCACACCCGAGUGACUGCUCCGACUCAUCUUUGCUGGGGACUGUGGCCUUGUCCUGCUGGUGGGGCUGGCAGCUAAUGGGCUCAUGAUGCUGGUGGUGGGCCGGGGCCCGGGCACCCUCCACCCGCUCCACACCCUGACCCACAGCCUCAUGAUGCACAUCGCACUAUCUGACCUGCUCUUCACGGCCUGUGUGGUGCCCGCGCUGCUGCUGAGCUUCCUGCAGCACAACUGGUGGCUGGGCCCUGCCAUCUGCACCAUUAGCCAGGCCACCAACAUAGCCACCAUGUUCUGCACCUUCUACAGCAUGGUGGCCAUGGCUCUUCUGUGCCACAUGGCUGUGGCCUUGCCUGACGUGGCCUUCCCAGCUGGCUGGGGCACCCGCUUGCUGUUCUGUGGAGCCCUGUGGGCCAUGGGCCUUACUGAAUCCCUGCCCAACUAUCUGUUCUAGUGGGUGGCAGUGGAGGAGGAGACAGUGGGAGCUCCUGAGACCUGGGCCUGCCUCUUGCUCCUGAGCCCUGCUGGGACCUCCUGCUACUUCAGCCUGCUGGGAGCCCUGGCCUUCCUGCCAUGCAUGCUGGGGCUGGGCGGCUCCUUCAGCCACGUGGGCUGGCUCCUGUGGACACAGCCCCGAGGCCCUGUCAGGGAGAGCGUCCAGGAGCACCAGGAGAACACAGGGCUCAUCCUUGCAGUGCGGGUGGUUUUUGAGCUGAUGUGGGGGCCCUGCUCUGUGCUGGGCUAUGUGGCAGCCAUGGACCACCUGCCUGCCUCACCAGCGGCCUUUGUGGCCUCCAGCCUCUGCACCAUCCUGGCCUACUCCAAUUGCACUGUCAGCCCUAUGUUCUGCUUCUACCUCUCCUGCCCCUUCCGGGCACGACUCAGGGACCUCUUCUGCAGGCUGAUGAUGGCCAGGCAUCCCAGAGGUGUGGGAGCGGUGGCCUCAGUGAUGGCGACUGUCCAGCCUGGCCAUGACAGGGCCCCAGGGGGCCUGUGGGGCCUGGCGGGGAUGGGUGGUGUCUAA